UCCACCGUUAUUGUUUUCUUGCAUCUCUAUUGGAAAUUAAUAAACUUUUUUGCUUUAAGAUUUUAACAUGAAUUUGGGCAAAUUAAACGCUGUUAGCAGACUUCCUGCCCUCCGCUUAAGCUUGCAAUACUCGAGUGCUGCUAAGGCGGAACUGCCGGCGUCCUUGGUCGGCGAUGAGGAUGAGGAACCGGCUUAUCCGCAGACGGUAGACAGAUCCGGCCUGCAGCCACAACACAAAAAUGUGCUUCUGAACAAAAAGCCCUACCAGGAGGCCCACUCCUGGAUUCAUCUGACCGAGAAAUACCAGAGACAGGCCUUCGGGCGUUACGGCGCCGAGAGCAAUGUGAACCCCAAGAUCUGUUUCGAUCCCCGCGGAGAGCAAGACAACAGGCAGGUUAUGCAACUAGAGACGCUCCUGAAAAUGCUGGAGAAGAACCGCGCGCAGAAGGCCGAGGAGCUGGAGAAGAUCAAUGCCCGCGAAGAGGACAUUGCCAAGAAGAUGGAGAAGCUGAAGCAGUGGAAGGCCGAUCUGCACGCGAAGGUCGCCAAGCGAGAGGCGGAUGCGGCUGCGGCCAUACAACGGAAGGAACGCCUGGUGGAAGAAGUGCGUCGACACUUCGGCUUCAAGGUGGACACCCGCGAUGAACGAUUCAAGGAGAUGCUGGAGCAAAAGGAGAAGGAGGACAAGAAGAAGCAGAAGGAAGCCAAGCGAAAGGCCAAGGAGGAGAAGAUGAUGGCCAAGUUGGUGGAGAAGACAUCUGCAUAAUGUUACUUUAGUUGAUAAGCAAGGAACUGUUGUCUGUUGCCUUCUAAAAUAAAUAUCCAGAAAAAAUGGUA